AUGUCGAUUUUGAUACUAGGAGUAUGCUCUUAUUGUUAUCUUAGAACCAUUCUGAUGAUUCGUGAUGUUAUAAAACAAGUCUCGGCCGUUGAAUCAACUCCUAAAGACAGUGGAUUUGAAGGUCGUCAUCAGUCGACUGCCGUAAACUCAACUAUGGAUAAUAAAAGUAUGAGCAUUGAAGCUAAAGUCACCAAAAAAGUUAUGGGGUAUAUCUUGAAAGAAGGCGCUUGGGUAUAUGCAUUAGUUGCAGCAUCAAUUAACAUGGGGCCUAUAGGAAAUGCAAUAUGCUAUGUAAUCAACGAAGGUUGGGGACUUCACGGAAACAAUUCGUCGAUAAAUGAAACAAAGAACUCUUCAACCACUGCUCUCUCAUCUAAUGCCAAGAAUAUAAGCGGAAUAAAUUAUCAAGAUAUUGAAGAUGAUUUCAAUAAUUCUAUACCUCUACAAGAUCGCUCUACCAUAACUGAGUUAUCACGGGAAAUUGCAGCCAACAGUGAUGACGAUCGAGAAGAUUUCGGCGUUUAA